AUGGUCACUGAUGCGGCACAGGCAUUCGGUGCGAAAAUUACCGGUCUUUUCAAAAAAGGUCCAGCAUAUCUCGACUAUCCGAAAUCAGAACCGUAUGAAGGAAGGAUUAUGCUAACAGAUCGCAUAGCAGAAGUCGAACAAGAACCAUUGGAGCAACAUGUUAGUGUCUAUCAUAUCGGUAGGUAUGAUGAGCCAAUAACAGGUAAAAUUGAAUUCAUUUUCAAGAAAUAG